CCUACGAUUCCGAAUGGAAAAAAGUCCAACAAUUACUCGCAGAAACGCUUCAGAGCGAAGCUGUGCAAGUGGACAGACGAGAACAGCGCCAAUUACUGGCCACUCUCUACGUGAGAUACAUUUUAGUAUCAAACGUCCUUUCGGAAUGCGUUGAUCAAAUGGUACAGCCCCAAAAACGCAGACUGAUCCGAAAACUCCUGGAAGCAACACUUGGAAGAAUCCUCGAGCUGAAAUACGACCUCGUGGAAGCCGAUCUAAGCGAGUGGACGCACUGUGGCGACGUUCUCGAACAACUAAAACUAACACCUGAACAAAGUGAAUUGAAAGUCCCUUCUUGUUUCCGAAACGAGCGCCGAAAAGAACUAGAGUAUCAAAAAAACUUAAUAGAGAGCGUUUUGGGCAAGUUGGGUUUCCUUGAUAAGUUAGAAAUCAAACCCCCGAUGAGUGAACAACAAGCCAUUUUAAUAAUACAAGUGCACGAGAGGGCGAGACAGGGCCGGCUCAGGGCACAGUUCAUGCGAGAAAUCAGGAACAUGAAAGAGAAGACUAAGCCAGUGGUGGGUGAAGGGGGUGACGAAGACGAACAAAGGGGAGGGAUUAGCUUACCGGCAGCUUUGCGCAUUCAGAAAAUAUGGAGAGGGUAUGUGGCCCGCAGGGCCACUCGACGAAGAAAACUCCAAGAAAUGUUGCUGAUUGGGAUGAUACCACCACCAAAAACUCAGAGUGCUGAAGUACUCAAGGACUUAGAAAUUAAAGCGUACCGACGAUCUUUACAGGAAAAAAGGCAGUUGGAAUAUGAAAAUGACGUGAAGAAAUGUAGGGAACACAUGGAGAAGUACCAAAGAGGGGUGGUUUUGGAGCAGUUGAGUGACCAAGUGAGGGGUUGGUUGCACGAAUAUAAGGCACAAACUGGGAAAAUACCAGAGUACACGGGAUCUGAGAGAGCUGCUUCGAGAUUAUUGUUUAGCAGACAAGGUACGGAUAGUGAAAUGAGCAAAUCCACCCAAAUCUCGUCCAAAGACUCGAAAACUAAAAAAGACAAGGCGCCAAAACAGAAAGAAGCCAAGCAAGAAGGCGAAGAAGGAGAGGAAGUCAGUACUAAAGCAAUGGUUUCGGUGUUUGUGCCCGAACUGAAUGCUCGCAAAGAGGAAUACGAUGAGAUUUGGAAGAAUAAAGACGAGUCGGGAAAUCCCAAACAGUUCCACUACAUGGAUAUAAUAGAACACGAACAAAUGACCAGUAUGGAAAAUGAGCUAAGGAAAGUGGUGGAUGAAAUGAUGAAAGGGGAGUUAUUAUUGUUGCAGGAAGCAAUGGAUAAAGAUAGAGGGCAUAAGGGGAAAAAGAAAAGUAGUAAAAAAACUAGAAAAGGCGGUAAGAAAGGAAAGAAGAAAAAGGAGAAGGACUUGACUCCUGACCGAACUACUGAGUCACUUUUUGAGGAAUUGGUAGCAAACGGGAUAAUCAAGAAGUGUCCAGAGGUGUAUUUAGACGACUUCAAAGGAGAGCGUUCUUACAGCUAUCCAGUGGUGUACAACAAAGGGAGUGAACGCCCGAUUGCUCUGGGAGACAUGAGACAAAUUGUGGCUGAAUAUUGCGUGAUACCACUGCUUUCGCCCCAAUUACACCAAACUACUCCCCACAUAAAGUCGUUAAUGAUAGGUGGCCCCAAAGGAAGCGGCAAAGAUAUGCUAGUCCAUGCGAUUUGUAACGAAGCAGGAGCGGUUCUUUUUGACUUAACUCCGUCCAACAUUGUGGGGAAAUAUCCCGGAAAGUCAGGAUUGACGAUGUUAAUUCACUUGGUGGUCAAAGUGUCAAGACUGUUGCAACCAUCGGUGAUUUACAUGGACUGUGCCGAACGACCUUUCGUGAAAAAAAUCCCAAAAACGGACAAAACCGACCCCAAACGACUCAAAAAAGAUUUACCAAAAAUCGUAAAAAAUUUCAGUCCCGAAGAUCGCGUAAUGUUGAUAGGAGUUUCAAACUGUCCGUGGGAGAGCGACCAGAAAUUGCUCCAACAAGUGUACCAGAAAUUUAUUCUUGUUCCGAAGCCCGAUUAUAGCUCACGGUAUUGCGUUUGGAGUUAUCUUUUGAGCAAAUAUAGCGCCAUAAGCUGGCAGUUUGACACCAGUGUUGUCAGUAAAAUCUCCGAUGGAUUUACGAUCGGCUCAAUUGUGAGUACUUUUGAGGAGGUCAUGACAAUAAAAAGAAUGCUGCAACUGAGAGUACAUCCGCUGAGUCCUUUGGAACUGGUCAAUGUGUUGUGUAAAAAAAUACCGAUUUAUAAGGAAGAAGAAGAAGCAAUUGAGACUUGGUGGGCGAAAACACCACUCUGCCGAAGAAGAGCACGAGCUGUUGAGAUUUUGCUGGAGGAAGAAGCCGAGCUUCAAGCUAAACAAGCGAGCACUAAAAACUAGUCGUUCAUUCAAUUAAUUUGUCAUAAGUUUUAACUUAAAAAAAUAGAAUAAUUACAACAAA